UUUUGCUGUACUUUUCAAGCUGACACUCCUCUCUCUGUGGGGACUCCUCAAAAGCCUUCUUCGUCUUCCUCCUCUCUCUCUUUCUCUCUCUCUCUCUCUCUGCUCGCAGGAAGUUUCUCCAUGGCGUCUGAACGCGUCAACAAGCCUCCAUCGCACCCUGAAUACCCCGAGAUGAUAAUUGAAGCUAUUGAUGCACUGAAACAAGAAGAAGGGUCAAACAAGACAUCAAUAUCGAGAUACAUAGAAUCCAAGUAUGGAGAAUUGCCUUCUGCUCACUCAAAGCUGCUCACUUUCCACUUGGACAGAAUGAAGCAGAGCGGUGAACUGAUUUUCUUGAAGAACAAUUACAUCAAGGCAGGCCCAGGUGUUCCCCCUAAGCGUGGCCGUGGAAGGCCAAGAAAAGACCCCAAUGCGCCACCGGUCCCCAAGAAGCCCAAGCCUUCGCCCGGCCCUUCCACGGUCACCCUCUCCAAAACCGGCAGGCCUCGGGGCCGCCCGAGGAAGGUGAAGCCACAGCCAUCCCAACCCCAGAAUGGGCUUGAAAUGAGCUAGCUAACUAACUAGCUAGCUGGAUUUGAAGCUAAGGUCCAUUCAUCUCUAAACCUGAUUAUGUUCAUCACUUUAAUUUGUUGUGCUUUAAUUGUAGUGUGUGUGUUUAAGUUAUAUUAGAGUUGGAUGUAGAUUAGGUGUCAUCAUGUACUUCAACCUCACUGCUUGUUCCCAGAUUCACACUGGACAAAUCCAAUGCCCCCCAUUGUCUGUGAUCUCUAUAUCUUCA